AUGAGAAUAGAGAGGACUAUAGCAUGUACCCCCCCCAAGCCCCAAGCCGUGGUGCAGCGUCGGCACACGAUCAGCUGCGGAAGUCCCGUCUCCAAAAGACCGCAUCUCAGCAUCGAACAGUUCUGGCAAGAGCUGCAGCAGCAGAGAUGGGACAACGGCGAGGGACCCGAACCCGAAGACGCUCUCUACAGGCGGGACAAGGCGGUAUCGUGCAGCACGGGUUUGCAGCUUUCCCCGCGACCGAGAACCUGUCUCGGGGUGCCCCGGGCCUCGCGAACCCCGAUCGUCCCCGUCUGCCCCGAGACCCCGCCCGCCCCCAGAGGGAAGCUCGACAAGAGCCACUCGACUCCGGCCUACGAGCUGGAACCCCCGGCCGCCCUCGUCCCCCUCGCCGACAACCCCAUCCCGGAAUCCCCGACGACCCCCCCCCGUGCCCGGAGCGGACAGAACCGACCCGCUCCCGAAGCUCGAAAUACGAAGUCGUCGGACGACACUCCGGUGCCGGUUCUGGAGAGUCUGAACUCGGUGCUGAUCGAGGAACGAGAGAGCAAAGAGGAGGAGCAUCGAGAGGCCUCGGAGCGAGUGACGAAAUACCCAAAACCGCGUGUAACGGAACGUUCGAAGGUGUCCGACGUCCCUCCGGAGCCUCCCCCGCGCCCGUCCACCCGCUUGCCCCCUCCCCCGCGAGAAUACUUGCCCCCCCACCCGCUCCCCAAAGACCCCCCUAUGCCCUCCAGAGAGAGGCGAGAGAUCGUCCCUCACGAUAGAGCUCCCCUCGCGCGCAACGAGUCCUUAGAGGAGAAAUUCAACAAAGAAGAGUUCCGAAGGGAGAAGUCGAAUCGCGAGCCGAUCGGAUCCCUCAGCGAUUUGAAAAUACUGUCGCCCUGUCGGGAGAUCCAGCACGUCUUCGAGAGAGACGGCCGAUCCCCGAGCGACGAGACCUGGGAGCCGAUCUCCAUGGGGCAGCCCGUCUCCCCUCUGCGGGAGUGCACAGCCCCGCAGUACCCCGUGCUGAGGAUGAUCCCGCGACCCGCCGAACCGUCCGCCUCGCCGCUGAAGCCGCUGCGUCCCGGGGACACGACACAGAUCUCGGUGCCCCUCCGUCACCUCACGAAGCACGACAUAAAGCUGGUGUCGAACGAGCGUCGGGAGAUGCCCCCCAUAAACGGGGAGCCCCAGCGCCGCGACGGGGACAUCGUGAUCGGGGCCGCGAGCGACCAGUCGCUGGAUUCCCCUCACUCCCCCAAGGGGGCGGUCUCCCCGACCGGGAGCGUCGUGAGGGGGAUAUUCCCCUCCGCCAAGUCCAGGAGCCUCAAGAAGAAGAACUCCAUAUUAGCCAAGCGUCGCGCGGUGCCGGCUCGGGCGCUGUCCUCGGUGGGGGCGGCGGGGUGGGUGAGCCAGAGGGUGAGAGCCGCCCAGCAGCAGCCGCGCUGGGCGCAUCGCUAUCUGCUGCUCGCCCACAACUUGCUCUACGCCUAUCGGUCGCCGGAGAGCACCCGCGCCGACUGCAUGAUCUACCUGGAGGGCUGCACGGUGAGUGCGGCGGGAGAGGUGAAGUCCCGCGCCCACGCCUUCAAGGUGUACCACACGGGCCGCGCCUUCUACUUCGCGGCCGCCUCCCCCGACGCCCUGGCCGCCUGGACCCAGCUCAUCCACCGGGCCACGCUGGCCCCGCCCCGUCGGCUGGACUCGCAGGUCGAAAUCAAACAGUUCUCGGAGACGGAUUACUCCGAGACGGAGUCGGACACGGAGAGCCCCGAGAAGAGAGAGCGAGACAGAGACAAGGAGAAGGACAAGUCCAAGUUCGGAUCCCUGAAGAAGCUGGCGCAGCGGGGCCGAGGGGACUCGCACGAGAACGUGCACCAGGCGGCCGCCAGCACGAGCCUCGACCGCAAGUACCUGAGGUUCUUCUCGCGGACCAAGGGCAAGGACGACUCCAAGGGCAAGACCAAGCAGCAGCCGGCCCCGGUGCCCACGGAGCAGUACCGCAGCUACCGCCGGGCCCCGCCCCAGCCGCCCCCGCACUCGCCCCGUUCGCCCCCGCGCCCCAAGCCGAGCCCGAUCAACUACAUCCACGCCUCGAACCCCAACCUGCUGGACUUCGAGAGGAGCGAGCCCUUCUCGCCCCGCCCGGCGCUCGCCGUCAAGCCCCGGCCGCAGGACAAGCUGGUCGGCCUGGUGACGCUGGAGGAGUUCAUGCUGCGCGCGCAGGCCGAGGAGCGGCGCCAGCUGUACUCCGAGCGGGUGCUGCUGGGCGUCGCGGACCGCGACCUGCAGACCAGGCUGGACCGGGUGGUGCCCGACGUGGUCUACGGGCGGGUGCCGCGUCACGGCUACGAGAAGAUAGAGUUCCCGGACGACCGCCAGGACUCCUUCAGGAAGAAAGACAAGGUCCAAGGGUCGGCUUCCAGCUCCCCGCAAGCGCAGCCCGCGGCCGAGAGUGGUGGUGGAGGUGGUGGAAGUGGAGGAAGUGGAGGAGGUGGAGGCGGGGCCGGCGUGUCGCGUCUGAGGCUAAUGUUCGGGGGACGGCAGGGCGCCGAGCGGGGUCGGGCCGCGGGCCAAUACCCUCACCUGCAGUGUCCGCCCACCUUCCAGCCCGAGACCUACUGCCUGGCGAGGCUGGCGCCCAAGCAGCCCUGA